AUGCUGAAAAAACUCGGUAGAACUUUGAAAGGUAAACAACGGCCAAGACCAAGACCAACCCUUCUACCUCCUCCUCCGCCACCACCUCCACCACCACCACCUCCUCCUCCUCCUCCUCCUCCUCCUCCUCCUCCAUCACCACCACCACAACAACCACCUCCUCCUCCACCUCCACCUCCUCCUCCUCCAAAGAAACCAACAAAUACUCCUUUUCUCUUCCCUCAAGUCCACUCCACAGUUCUCCCAGACCCUUCAAACUUCUUCUCUCCAAACCUUCUCUCGUCACCACUCCCUACAAACUCUUUCUUCCAAAACUUUGUUCUAAAAAAUGGAGACACGCCUGAGUAUAUUCACCCUUACCUCAUCAAAUCCUCAAACUCCUCCCUCUCCCUCUCCUACCCUUCUUGCAACUCCAACUCUUCUUUCAUGACCCAAAUCUUCAACCCUGAUAUCACCAUUUCCGCCUCCACAAAAACCAACCAAGAUUCACAUCAAAACCAUCUGAUCUCCUCCUUUAGUGAUCUCAGUGUCACUUUGGACAUUCCCUCGUCUAACCUACGGUUCUUCCUUGUAAGAGGAAGCCCUUUCGUGACAGCUUCGGUGACCAGCCACACGCCAAUUUCCAUCACCACCAUUCAUUCCAUCCUUUCAUUCUCGUCAAAUAACUCCCUAACCAAGCACACCUUGAAGCUCAGCAAUGGACAAACAUGGCUCAUAUACACAUCCUCCCCUAGCACAUUCAAUCAUAGCCUUUCUGAAAUUACGUCAGAGGGCUAUUCCGGCAUAAUAAGGAUGGCAGUAUUGCCUGAUUCUGAUCCUAAGUACGAGGUAAUCCUCAACCGGUUCUGUUCUUGUUACCCUACUUCUGGUGAUGCAACAUUCACAAAACCAUUCUGCGUCGAAUAUAAGUGGGAGAAGAAAGGUUGGGGAGAGUUGUUAAUCCUUGCUCAUCCAGUUCAUCUUCAACUUUUAGCUACAACUGAUGAGUGUGAUGUAACGGUGCUUCAUGAUUUGAAGUAUAGAAGCAUCGAUGGCGAGCUCGUUGGUGUUGUUGGAGACUCAUGGCAAUUGAAAACUCAUCCUGUUUCUGUUACAUGGCAUUCAACAAAAGGUAUCAAUGAAGAAUUCCAUGAGGAAAUUUGCUCAGCACUUUCUGACGACGUAGAUGCUUUAAGUCCCUUAGGAACAGCCACAACAACAUCAUGCUAUUUUUAUGGAAAAUCGAUAGCAAGAGCAGCAAGGUUGGCGUUGAUAGCUGAAGAAGUGAAUGACCGUGAUUCCAUACCAGCUAUCAAGAUGUUCUUAAAAGAGACGAUCGAGCCGUGGUUGAACGGAACUUUUAAAGGAAAUAGUUUUCUCUAUGAUGGUAAAUGGGGAGGAAUUGUUACGAAACAAGGUUCUACUGAUUCCGGUGCAGAUUUUGGAUUUGGUAUUUAUAACGAUCAUCAUUAUCAUUUGGGAUACUUUCUCUACGGAAUCGCAGUGCUUGCUAAGAUUGAUCCAGCUUGGGGAAGGAAAUAUAAACCUCAAGCCUAUUCACUCAUGGCAGAUUUCAUGAACUUAGGAAGAAAAUCAUCAUCAAACUCAAAUUAUACGCGUUUAAGAUGUUUCGAUCUGUACAAGUUUCAUUCUUGGGCUGGAGGGUUAAUCGAAUUUGCAGACGGAAGAAAUCAAGAGAGUACUAGUGAAGCUGUGAAUGCAUACUAUGCUGCAGCGUUGAUGGGAAUGGCGUACGGUGACACGCAACUCAUCGCAACUGGAUCAACACUUGCAGCGCUCGAAAUCCAUGGCGCUCAAAUGUGGUGGCAUGUAAAAGGAGGAGACAAACUCUAUGUUGAAGAAUUUUCCAAAGAGAACAAAGUGGUGAGUGUUGUUUGGUCUAAUAAGAGAGAUAGUGGACUAUGGUUUGCACCUUCUCAAUGGAGAGAAUGUAGGCUUGGUAUUCAGGUUUUACCGUUGUUGCCGAUUACGGAGGCGUUGUUCUCAGAUGUUGGUUAUGUGAAGGAGCUUGUGGAGUGGACUUUGCCAAAUUUGAAUAGGAAAGGUGUUGGAGAAGGGUGGAAAGGUUUUAUGUAUGCUAUGGAAGGGAUUUAUGAUAAAGAAAGUGCAUUGGUAAAGGUUAGAGGAUUGAAAGGCUUUGAUGAUGGUAACUCAAUGAGUAAUUUGUUGUGGUGGAUUCAUAGUAGAGGUUAUGGUGAGGAAGAGGAAUUUGACUAUGGCAAACAUUGCUGGUUUGGCCAUUACUGUCAUUGA